AUGAAAUGUAUCGCCAUCUCUUAUAGUAGAGAUGGUGGUCGAAAACGAGAUAAUGGUGGUGGUGGAGUACCAAGAGUUCCUUCAACAGGAGGUGGUGGAGUAACAAGAGUUCCUUCGGCAGGAGGUGGUGGAGUAACAAGAAUUCCUUCAACAGGAGGUGGUGGAGUAACAAGAGUUCCUUCGACUGGAGGUGGAGGAGCAAAAGGAGGUGUUGGAAGAGGAGGAGAAUGUGAUGGCAGAGGAGGAGAUUGUGAUGGUAGUGGUGGGAAAAUAGGUGCCAAAAGAGGUGUUGGAAGAGGAGGAGUUUGUGAUGAAAGUGGUGGGAUCAUAGGUGCCAUAGGAGACGAUGGAAGAGGAGAAAGAGAUGGUGAUGGUGGGAAGAUAGGUGCCAAAGAAGGUGGUGGAGUUAUGAUUUGUGCCAUAAUGUAG